AAAACGUAAUCCGAUCUCAUCUUUCGCAAUCAUCAAACAUCAAUGGAAGUCGAAGAAGAAGUUAAACGAAUCAUAGAUGAGGUCAAGGAGCUUCAUGACACCGCCGCUUCAUUCAUCUCAUCUUCUUCUCAACAAGAGCUCUCUCUCCGUCAAAAAGCCUCCUCCGUUGAUUCCUCUAUCCGUCGUCUCCACUCUACUCUCGUCUCCAACAAAAAUCUCGAUCCUAAACUCGUCGAAAAGCUUGAAGAGGAUCUGCAUCGUGCUAGAUGCAUGCUUGUUGAUGGAGAAACAUCUUCAUUUCUACCAUCAAAACCUCAAGGAAGGUUUGUGAGAAUGUUUUGUGGACCUGUGAAUGUUCGAGCUUUGCGUAAAGAUGUUCAGCUUAAAGUUAAAGAAGAAUACAAUCGUUACAGAGAUAAGACUGCUCUUCUUUUUCUUUUUUUCCCUGCAACACUUUUAAUCCUUAGAUCUUAUUAUUGGGGUGGAUGUUUGCCUGCGUUUCCUGUUCAGCUCUAUGAGGCUUGGCUGUUGUUUCUCUAUGCUGGGUUGGCUAUGCGUGAGAACAUAUUAAGAGCUAAUGGAAGCGAUAUUCGUCCAUGGUGGCUAUAUCAUCACUAUUGUGCCAUGGCUAUGGCCCUUGUCAGCCUCACAUGGGAAAUCAAAGGUCAACCAAACUGUGUCCAGAAACAGAGAGGAGUCCAUCUUUUCCUGCAAUGGGCUAUGAUGCAAGGUGUUGCCAUGCUUCUGCAAAACAGAUAUCAACGCCAAAGAUUAUACACUCGCAUUGCACUAGGAAAGGCUAAGAGAAUGGAUGUCGUAUGGGGAGAAACGGCUGGCGUUGAUGGACAAUUAUGGCUGCUAUGUCCUAUACUGUUCAUUUUACAGGUGUUUGAAGCAUACGUUGGACUGCUGUUGUUAAGAAAAACAGUAACUGGAGUUGUUAAUGAAUGGCAGGUGAUGGUUUGUGGUAUUCUUUUGGUAGUGAUGGCUGUUGGGAACUUCAUAAACACAGUAGAGACACUGAUGGCAAAAUCAAGAGUUAAGGCAAAGAUGAAGAGAACAUAUGUCAAUGUUACAUUCGCUGAUAUCAAGAGUCUCAUCGGAUCAAUCACAUCUGUCAAGCGGCUUACAAUAUCCUCUAAGGUUGCUUAUGGUGACGGUUUUAUCUUCAACCACCUUGAGCAUCUAACGCUAUAUGUAGGGAAAGAGUAUUCAUCGAAUCUCCUUGUCCGGUUCCUCAAAGACUCUCCUAACUUACGAGAACUAAUGCUCCACUCCAUUACGGAUGCAAAAAAAGUGUUUAUGUAUAGUGGAGAUAUACCUAGUAUGUCGACAGAAAAGUUUCAAGCUUUGCGUAAAGAUGUUCAGCUCAAAGUUAAAGAAGAAUACAAUAGCUACAGAGACAAGACUGCUCUUCUUUUCCUUGUUUUCCCUGCAACACUUUUAAUCCUUAGAUCUGGAUGUUUGCCUGCGUUUCCUGUCGAGCUCUACGAGGCUUGGCUGUUGGUUCUCUAUGCUGGGUUGGCUAUGCGUGAGAACAUAUGAAGAGCUAAGGGGAGCGAUAUUCGUCCAUGGUGGCUAUAUCAUCACUAUUGUGCCAUGGCUAUGGCCCUUGUCAGCCUCACAUGGGAAAUCAAAGGUCAACCAAACUGUGUCCAGAAACAGGGUCUGUUACAUUUUCAGAACUAUAAAUUUUCAGAACAUUAUCUUGUGUUUGUUGGAAUAACUUUCUAGGGUUUUUCUCCUGUUCCUCUUUGUUUCUUCUUGUUUGGUUGGCUUGAGAUAAAUCCUUUUGAGUCUU